AUGGAGGAUGGUCAAUGUCUCUAUUGCUGGAUCCCUCUUGGUUUCGUAACUACAAUUAUGAUCAUUUCCUUGCUGAAAAAUAUUUCGUACUACUUAAAGGAAAAGAAACGAAAAGGUAAAAUAUAUGAAAACUACGAGGAACGUCAACCAAGCAAUGGUGAGUUUUAUACUGAAGAAUGUCCAGUUUAUGACAACCUCAACCACCAUCAUCAAGAGAUGCUAAAUGAAAGCUGCUACGAACAAAUGAGUGGACACUCUUACCCACCAACCCAUGAAGUACAGCAAACACCUGAGCGCCAGAUGUGCUAUGCUUCUCUGGAUCACAGUGUAAAAAAGAAACAUAGAAAACUUCGAAAAAAGAAAUAUCCUACAGUAGAAGUGGAUGAAGACCAGCUUACCAGAAGGAGCUCUAUGCCCUCAGACACCUGUAUUUAUCUCAACAGUGAACAGCUGAGUGCCGAGAAUAAACUGUCUGAAGAUGCUAUUCAAGAAGAAUCCUUCAGAGUAUUUGGUUUCGUACAAAACUACAAAUGA